AUGUCAAAAAAAAUUAACGUCAAUGUUAUUGGUACUGGUGUAUUAGGUCUUACCACAGCUUUAAUUCUGCAAAGAAAUGGGUAUCAAGUAGAAAUUUUAGCUGAACAUUGGCCUGGCGAUUUGGAUAUUAAUUAUUCAAGCCCUUGGGCAGCGGCAGUCUGGAGAGCUAGCCUUUAUAUUGAAGACAAAAGGGUUCAUGAAUAUGAAAAAAUUUCGUGGAAUGAAUUUGGGACUUUAUCUGAGAACCCAGAAACUAGAUUAAUGCGUGUGCAGAUUCGUGAUUAUAUGGAUAAAAAACCUGAUUCAAGUGAUAUUUGGUUUAAAGAUUUUGUACCAGAGUUCAGGGUGAUAACUCUCGAAGAACUGCCAUCUGGUGUCGAAUAUGAAGUGUCUUACAUAACAGGUUCUAUUAAUCCAUAUUUAACC